AGAGAGGAGAGGAUGCGAACAGUGCUCUCUGCGGAUGCUUGAAUGUGCAAACACGGCAUUUCUUCUUUUAAAUCAUUUCCCAGGCUCGUCUGAAGGGUGAAAAGUGAUUCAGAUGGGGAAUGGUUCGAUGAAAUCAAAGCGUUACAAACACGCGGACGGCUCUACUUCUUCCUCGUACAGCCGAGGCUACAAAGAUCAUGGGUUCAAAAACUCGUCCCUGGACUCCCUGAGGGCCCGAAUCGACGAGCUGGAACGAGAGGGCAAACGGAAGGAUGAGGAGCUUUGUACAAGAGAGCAGCAGAUCAAAAAUCUCCACGAGCAACUGGCCAAACAGACACAAGCUCUGUCCGAGCUGGGCGAGGAGCUGCAGAACAAGUGCAUUCAGCUCAACAAGCUGCAGGACGUGAUGAAGAACCAGAGCGGGGCCCCAGCAGGUCUGCCAUCAAGGCCCCCCUCCAUCAAAGCCUGCUGUAAGAACAGCCCCAACCUCAGUGUUCGCAUCAAGGAGACCCUCAAUAGGAGGAAAGGGGCCAAAGCAGGGGUGUCGGCCGAACCCACAUCAAGGACCUACGACUCUAGCAGCCUGCCAAAGUUCUCUUUCGAGAGAACCCGGGUAUCAAAGGAUGCGAGUGUAAAAAGGGUGCUGACGGAUGCCCUGAACAAGAACCAGUAUCUGAAGAGGCUGGAGCUGCAGCAGAUCAAAGACAUGGUGGAGUGUAUGUAUGAGCGCACCUACCAGCAGGGAGAGUACGUCAUCAAGCAGGGAGAGCCUGGGAACCAUCUGUUUGUUCUGGCAGAUGGGAAGCUGGAUGUGUUUCAGCAUAACAAGCUGCUCACAUCGAUAGCGGUGUGGACCACGUUUGGAGAACUAGCCAUUCUGUACAACAGCAAACGGACAGCAUCAGUGCGAGCGGUGAACAAAGUGAGGGUGUGGGUUCUGGACCGGGAGGUGUUUCAGAACAUCAUGAGGAGAACGGCUGAGACGCGACAUGAACAGUACCGCAACUUUCUCCGGAGUGUUUCACUCUUGGCUAAUCUACCAGAAGACAAGCUAAGCAAAAUAGUGGACUGCCUCGAGGUGGAAUACUAUGACAAGGGAGAGCACGUCAUCCGGGAGGGAGAGGAAGGAAGCACCUUCUACAUCAUAGCACAGGGGAAGGUGAAAGUGACCCAGAGCACAGAGUCCCACAAGCUCCCCCAGAUCAUCAACACACUGCAGAAGGGAGACUAUUUUGGAGAGAAAGCACUUGUAAGUGAUGAUGUCAGGUCAGCUAAUAUUAUUGCCGAUGAGGAUGGUGUGGAGUGCCUCGUUAUCGAUAGAGAGACAUUUGAUCAGACAGUGGGCACCUUCAAUGAGCUGCAGAAGUACCUCCAAGGCUACGUGGCAACACUUGAUCGUGACGACAAGAAAAGACAUGCCAGAAGGUCAUUGUCGCGCCACCAGAGCCAUCCGCUGUCGCCAGACGUCCUCCAGCUGAAGGAAAUGGUUUCAAUGUUUCCUCCAUCCAGGCCCUUUGACCACCUGGAGGUUGUGGCUACUCUCGGGGUUGGUGGCUUUGGACGAGUUGAACUGGUGAAGGUGCAGGGCAAGGACGUCACCUUUGCACUUAAAGUCAUCAAGAAGAAGCACGUCGUGGACAACAGGCAGGAGGAGCACAUCCACUCAGAGAGGAAGAUCCUCGCAGAGGCUCGCUCGCCGUUCGUCGUCAAACUUUACCGCACAUUUAAGGAUAACAAGUAUGUGUACAUGCUGCUGGAGGCCUGUCUGGGUGGAGAAAUUUGGAGUCUGCUCAGAGACAGAGGGAACUUUGAUGAGUCCACUGCAAAAUUCUGCGUUGGUUGCGUCACAGAAGCUUUCGAGUACCUCCAUCGCAAAGGUGUUCUCUACAGAGACCUGAAGCCUGAGAAUCUCAUGCUGGAUGCUGAGGGAUACAUCAAACUGGUUGACUUUGGUUUUGCAAAGAAGAUUAGAUGUGGCCAAAAGACCUGGACCUUCUGCGGGACACCGGAAUAUGUGGCCCCUGAGAUCAUCCUCAAUAAAGGCCACAACUUCAGUGUGGACUUUUGGUCUCUGGGCAUCCUGGUGUUUGAGCUCCUCACUGGCAGUCCUCCGUUCACAGGGAGUGACCAGAUGAUGACAUACACUUUCAUCCUAAAAGGUAUUGAGAAGAUGGACUUCCCCAAAAAGAUCACAAAGAGACCCGAUGACCUCAUACGCAAGCUGUGCAGACGAAAUCCUUCAGAGCGACUGGGCAACCUCAAGAAUGGAAUAACUGAUAUCAAGAAGCACAGGUGGUUUAAUGGCUUCAACUGGGAGGGACUAAAAGUGAGGACUUUACCAUCUCCACUGAAAAGAGAACUGUCAGGACCGACAGAUCACGGCUAUUUUGACGUCUACCCUGCAGAUGAGGACAGUCCUCCAGAUGAACUGUCUGGUUGGGACAUGGACUUCUGAGACCUUCAGUCCCAUCUUUCCAAACUGUUCUUCCUUUGCUCCCUCUUUAUACAGAAACUUAAUUGGGAAAGGUGAUCUCACAUCACCCGAGGCAGCCAUGGCGGAAGUCCUUAGACUCUGCGCAACAGCAGCUGCGAUUAGCUGGCUACUUUACCGUCUCAACACAAAUGAAGACUCACAGGAGAGUUCUGGUUUAAAUUGGACUGUGUUGUUGUGCUACCAUCACUUUCCUUUUGGUUAAUACAUCUGUAGGACAAUUUAGUGCCAGGAACUGUACAGUAGAAGUAGCACGCUAGCAUAGCAAGUUAAAAUCUGUAAGACUCAAAGUUACUGAAGGUUAUUCAAAAUCUGAUGCUGAGAAAGUAUUCUCCUGUGAGUUGCAGAUAAACACUCACCAAAAUCAAUCAAAGCUGGCAGUUUUUGUGGGUGUGAAACCAGUGAGGUAUGACAUCCUUGUUGCUGCAUUAACAACUCUUCCUGAAUAGUUGGGGCACUAAGCACAGGUAGCUUACCUUACAGUUCAGAAAUCAGCUCUGCAUUGCAACCAGUUCCCAAAUCCAUGUAACCUAGAAUUCAUGAAACAUUUAGCUUUGUCACCAUGCAAUUUGGAUUCCCAAAGAGUAUUUUUCGAUGGCAAAGUUUGGCCUCAAUGAGCUUUAGUCUACAGUGGGGUUACCAGGGGUACCGCUUUGUGCAAAACUGAACAGCUUGUCCCGCGAUCCACAAAUUGAGAAGAUGUUUAAUUGACAGUGUCCCUGCUAAAACGUACCUUUAUCCAAUAGCUGUUCAGAACGCAAAAGACGGCUAUCACAAUUGGCUGUGUCUGAUGUCAAUCAAUCAACAAAGGUGUAUUUACGGGUGUAGCAAGCUCCCAGAGAGUUUUUUUGUUACCUUUUAGAUUUUUUCAAUCAUGCAUUGAGGUGAAUUCGAUUAGAAGUGACACUACAUGUGACACUCACAAGAAAUGCCAUUCUCAUAAAGAAAAAUGUCCAUCCAUAGAUACAUUCCUCCUGUAACCAAACUAGGAUAAUCAAACAGAUGAGGUGACAGCUGCUGAAAUUACAAACGUUUACCACACUGUGCAGCACUCGCAAUCAUAGACGGUCAGCAGACUGUGGCAGUAAUCUAGCUCCAGUUAUUGUUCAUGACUCAGAGAUUGCAAAAUAAAUAUCCCAUACAAACCAAAAAGUUUAUGUUUAUUUUUAAGGGUUAAAUGGACUUUAUGUUGAAAUCUAAACUACCUCUUAGCAUCGCAGUGACAUGUUCUACUUUGUCCAACACAAACAUACUCUUUGUCCCACAUGUAGUUUGUUGACACCUGGACACCAUAGUCUACAGUUCUAGUAACAACCUAUGUCAGCAUCAACAAUAUGGUGGUAUAAAGCUCAAACUGUCAUACAAAAAAAGACAGUAGCUGCUUUUCCACUAUGGUGCUAAAUGUGAGCAAGCUAAUGCGUGCCCAGGGUCCGAGACAUUUUUAGCUUGCGAUGGCGCAAUAGUGGAAAAGUGAUGACAACUGAAAAGGCCAACACUGCACAAUUGAAUCCUUUAAUGGACAGAGAGAUAAAUCAAGAAUAUAUUGACCACACACUGUACCAACAACAGAAUGAAGCAACUUGAAACAUGCAACAUAGAUGCUUUAUCUUGGCUGUAGUGUGCAGAGUUAUUGGUUACAGCUUAGCAUUGUUAAGCUAGCCUGCAGGCUACGUUACUCAGGCUUCAUCUCAUACUGCUUUGGAAGGAGUAAGUCUUGGAACAGAUCAUUGUACCGUGUCACAGUAAUUUGUUUUCACAUUCCUUAAUCAAUCUACGAUUGAUUUCAGAUUCCGAAUUUUGGCCCUUGACGAUGGCUCCAGAUGUGGUUGGUAGGGGAAAUCUGUGAUGCAGCUGCAAAGUGCUUAUUUCUUACACCGGAGUGAAUUUGUGAUUACGCGUGCAGUUUGUUUAUGGCUUUAGAGGAAUGUAGGUGUGUGGGGAAGAGACAUAUGUGGAGAUGACACUGCAAAAAAGGCAAGCAGCUCGAGAACAAACACGAGCAGAGAUUCUACUCACAUACUUAGAUGGCAUCCAACCAGAAAGAAUUACUACUCCAAGAGAUUAAACAUUUGUAUGAAGAAGCAAAAAGAGCUACUUGUUCCAACAGUGUUUUGCUCACAGUCUCUCCUCGACCCAAACUAGAAACCCAUAAAAACAUGAACACCUUCCCCACUUAAGUUAUAGAGUGUGAGCAUCCCGUGGCAGGGAGUCAGACCUGAAGAAAUAUUUACCUUUUUCAAUGCUGAGUCAACUCUGCGGUUCCCAGCUUCUUAAGCAGAAUGCUUGGCCUAAGGUGUCGAGGAUGUGAGGAGAAACAGCAAAGAGGUCAGACUUGAGUUUAUGCUUAAAAAUAUGGGUACAGUUGAUUUACUGUAAACCUUCAACAUAUUGAGGUUUACAGUAAAUCAACUCUGUAGCACGUCUCUUUGUAUAUACUGUAUACUGUGAAGCACAAGUAUCAAAAAUACACAAUUUAUACAAUCAAAGCUACUUGUUCCUUUAUGUAAAAAUUGGGUGAGUGAGUUUUGUAAAUAUUACAUAUAUGUAUACAUUGACUGGUGAAUGUGUGGGUACAAUAUGUACAGUGUGUUAUAAUGUCUGUGUAUGGAUGCCUGAAGUUUUUGGAUAAGAUGUUGCCUUAAGAUAAUUAAAACCUUUCAGGAAAGUUACCUUCGGAAACUUUUUCAGGAAAGUUUCUUAAUAUUUCAGAUGAAGUUACUUUUUUCUUUGGUUUGAUGUGGUCAUUUCAAUGUUAUUUUAUGCCACAACAGUUUGCUGUUUCUUAAAUGUAUUUCCAAUAGUUGCAGAUGUUUCUCAAUGAGGACAUUUUGAGGUGUCAAAAAGAGGUAUGUGGACAUUAAUAUUAGCUGCAGUGCAAGGUCUGACAAUCAACUUCAAUGUGUAUUUAUUUCCCCUCAAUCAUCCUGGCGUCAUGUUUGCAAAUGUAUCUUUGGGAGAAUGUUGUGUGAUGUUUUGUUUUGCAUUAGCCAAACCAACCUAAAAAAGACUUAAAAAUAUUAAGACUUCAAUUAGACUUAUAACCUGCACCAGCAGCAAUGUCAUCUAGGUCUGUACCGAAUGUCAUUUUUAUAAUGUGAAGGUUCUAUUUAGGGUUUUAGAAUGAAAGUCUGAAUGUCUUAUCACUUAAAACAACACAGUUAAUAAUAAAUAAAUAUUUAAUGGAAAAUAACUCA